CCUUUCCCGCGCAGUCCGCGGCCAGGUGCCCUUGAGUCGACCCGCCAUUUCACGGACCCGCGACAGAGUCAAGCCUCGUGAUGUCUCCAUUAAUCUUUCUCGUGCGUUGCAAGUUUAUUGUAAACGACUGCACUCGUCGACUCCUGGAGGAUGAACGUACGAGCGAACUUUAUCAGUCGACUUUUAGAAGAAUGGAGGUCCUGCGAAUGAGCCUUGAGUGGGCGAGGGGGGCGCUGAUCAGCGAAGAAGCUGCUGACGAAAUACUGUGUCUCAUAGCUGAUUAUGUCCGAGGAGUGGAACGAGCAUCUCAGGCCGCUCCGCAAGUCUUUGUUGUUGCAGGUAACUAUGAUUACCAAGCACCGUUGGUUUGGGGAGGUCGGGCUCGUUAUUCAAUCACCGCAGAACAGCUGUCAUUCAUGCACUCCGUAGGCUUCACUGCACGUGAGAUUGCAGAUAUUCUAAAUGUAUCUGUGCGUUCAGUAAACUGCCGUUUAAGGGAAUUUAACUUGUCCAGAGUGUCUACGUUCUCGGACAUGCAAGACGCUGACCUGGAUGGCAUUGUCAGAGACUUUGUGGGUGGCAAUGAUCUGAUUGGUCCUGAGUCUGUGAAAGCAUCGUUAAGAUCCAUAGGGCUUAACGUGCAAAUCAGACGGAUUCGUGAAAGCAUGCUACGAAUUAAUCCAGGAGCAUCUGCCCUUCGAGCCCUUUCGCUUAGGCCUGAGAGACAGGUGUUUCAUGUUGCUGGUCCCAAUAGUUUGUGGCACAUAGGUGGAAAUCACAAACUCAUCAGGUGGAGAAUAAUUAUUCAUGGAGGAAUCGAUGAUUACAGUCGUGUUGUGGUCUUCCUUCGUGCUUCAAACAACAACCGCAGCAGCACGGUGUUGGACAGCUUUGCUGAAGCCAUUGUCCGCUACGGAAUUCCGUCACAUGUCAAGACAGUCGGAGGAGAAAAUACCGAUGUGGCACUGUCCUCAGGUCCUCAGCGAGACAGUGUUCUCCAGGGACGGAGUGUCCGCAGUCAAAGGAUUUUGCGGCUCUGGAGUGAUGUGUGGCGUGGAGUGACCAAUGUGUACUACUCAUUGUUUACCCGCCUGGAAAAUGAGGGCAUCAUUAACAUUCACAAUGAAUCACACCUCUGGGCUCUACACUAUGUGUACCUUCCAAGGAUAAACAGAGAUUUAUCUGACUUUGAAAAUCAGUGGAACCACCAUGGUCUGAGAACAGAGAGACACAUGACACCACUACAAAUUUAUGUCAGAGGCUGUCUUCAACAACAGGGCAGAGGUUCUACAGCUUUGCAGGACCUCUUUCCAGCUGCCGCCGCCGCUCCUGCCGCCGCAGCCGCCGCUCCUGCUAUGGCCGCCGCCACUCCUGCUGCUGGCGCCCCUGACUUGGCAUCGCUGUUAGACUGGCCGGCAACAGUUGUUUUGCCAGAUGCACAGCACAAUUUGGACGAUGCCAUAUUGCAGCAGGUUCAAAUGCAGUUUGACCCUUUGGGUGGUUCAAGAUCAGAACUUGGAAUACAAAUACUCCGGGAUGUCAUAUCAUUCUUGGAUUCAGUGGUGCAGUGAUAAUCACAAAGACUGAAUGUGCAGGGGUGUUUCUAUGUUCUAUGUUCUUCUAUACAGUGGGUCUGGGGGUAUUCAGACCCCCUAAAGUUCUCCUUGCACCCAUUUGCUUAAAUCAUAAAGUUCAGUUAUUUGUUUUUUACCCUCGUUAAUGUACACACAGUACCACAUAUCGAGAAGAAAACACAGAAUUGUUGGCAUUUUUGCAGAUUUAUUAAAAAAGAAAAACUAAAAUA